AUGUUGACCCGGUGCGCUUUUGGCGCGCUCUUGUGCCUCGCGUCUGGGAUUGGUGCUAUUGAGCCGCCCAGAGGGACACAUCAACCCGUAGGCGGCGGCAACCGGCUUCUAACAUUUAACGAAACGACACCGUCGGCUACGAUCCGCCCACGAUCCAGUAGCGUACGGUGGGUCAAGUCGGAAGGCGGGAGCGACGGAAAGUACAUCACCUCGAGCGCAGCAGGCGAUUUGAUUUUCGUCGAUAUCGAAACGGGCACGAAUUCGACAUUUGUUUCGGCGGGGAAUCUGCCUAAGAAUAUCCGGGAGUACUGGAUCAGCGAUGGGUUCGACCGCAUCCUGAUUGCCGUCAACUCGACCCAAGUGUACAGGCACUCGUACUUGGCGGAUUACUUGAUUUUGGACGUGGACUCUGGCACGACCACGCCGCUGGUCGAUGAUCAAGCCGGAGACAUCCAGUAUGCCGAGAUCGCGCCAAAGGGCGACACCAUUGCCUUUGUUCGAGGCAACAAUUUGUUCCUCAGGGACCACGGGGACGGGUCGGAAGAGAUUUUCAGCGCUCGGUCGACGUUGUGGUUCUCGCCGGAUGCCGAAUACGUGGCGUUCCUCAGCUUCAACGAGACGGGAGUCGGUACCUUUUCCGUGCCGUACUAUAUGGAUGGCCAAGAUCUUGCUCCGACGUAUCCCAAGGAGCUGGAGUUGCGGUAUCCCAAGGUGGGGUCCACGAACCCCACGGUUGCGCUGCACUUGUUAUCAACGUCGUCGACUCAGUUUGACACCGUCGAUAUUACGGUCUUCGAGCCGCAAGAGCUGAUUAUCGGAGAAGUGGCGUGGGUGACGGAAGGCCACGAUGCGCUGCUCUACCGCGCGUUCAAUCGGGUCCAAGACCAUGACGCCCAUGUGGUGGUGGACCCGGAAACGUUGGAACAGCACAAAACUCGUAGCCGGGACGGCAGCGACGGGUGGUUGGAGAACACAGGGGCCAUCGCUUACGUUGGCCGGCUGGGAAACUCAAGCGAUGACGGCUAUUACUUGGAUAUCUCGGACGAAGACGGCUGGGCGCAUAUUUACCUCCAUCCCGUGAAUGAUGGUUCCCCUAUCCAGCUUACAUCAGGAGAAUGGGAAGUUUCGGCAAUCCUUCACGUGGACACGGCCAAACGUUUAGUCUACUAUCAGGCCUCUACCGCUCAUUCAACCGAGAGACACAUCUACAAGGUGUCGUGGGAGACCAAGGAUGUCACGGCCUUGGAGCUCUACUCGUCAAACUCGAGCUCCAAGCCCCUGCGCACCCUCCAAGACAACAAACCCUUUUACGCGACCAUUGCCGACUACAGGCUUCCCAACAUCUCGUACUUUGAGCUCAGCCACCCGGACGGCUACCAACUCAACGUCAUGCAGCAACUCCCCGCCAACUUCGACCCAUCCCGGUCCUACCCGGUCCUCUUCACGCCGUAUGGUGGUCCCAAUUCCCAAUCCGUCGCCAAGAGGUUUCAAACAUAUACCUGGGAUACGUACAUUUCGUCAGACCCGGAACUGGAGUACAUCGUCUAUACCGUGGACAACCGAGGUACCGCGCACCGGGGCCGCGACUACCGCUCAGCCGUGACCUCCCGCCUAGGAGAGCUCGAAGCCCGUGAUCAGACUUGGGCGGCGGAGCAGCUCGCAGAGAAGUUCGACUACGUCGACCCCGCGAAAAUUGGAAUGUGGGGCUGGUCGUACGGCGGGUACCUAACGGCCAAGACCUUGGAGCUCGACUCCGGGGUCUUUAGCCUGGGCCUCAUCACGGCGCCGGUGUCGGACUGGCGAUUCUACGACUCCAUGUACACGGAGCGGUACAUGAAAACCCUGGGCGAGAACCGGGACGGCUACCUCGCGUCGGCGGUGCGCCACGUCGAGGGUUCAAGAACGUCGCGGGGGUUCAGCGUGCUGCACGGGACCGGCGACGACAACGUGCACUACCAGCACACGGCGGCGCUGAUCGACUUGCUCGUGGCGGGCGGGGUCUCGCCGGACAAGAUGAAGAUGUUUGCCUUUACGGACAGCGAUCACGGGAUUAGCUAUAAUGGUGCGGAUAGGUACAUCUACAAGUUCUUGACCGCGAGGUUGUUUGAUGAAGUGCAGAGGAAGCCUGGGGAAGUGGCGACGCCUCACGGUUGGAGUCGGCGAUGGUCUCGGUGA